AUGAGGGGAGAGUUUGAGAGGGUUAAUGGAAGGUUUGAUGGGUUGACAGAAAGAAUUGAGAUAAUAGAGGGAGAAGUGAAUAGAAAUCAAAAUGGUGUACGAGCUCAAAAUAGAAGACAAAAUGGGAGGGAAGAUGAUAGUGAGGGAGGUAGUGAUGGGGAUAAUGAGGAAGAAGUUGUGAGGAAUCCGGAGAGAGGGAGACAUAGAGGAGGAGGAAAUAGAGCUAUAGAGGGUAGUGAUGAUGACAUGGAAAAAAUUAAGAUGUCUAUUCCUAAAUUUCAAGGAAAAAAUGAUCCUGAAGCUUACUUAGAGUGGGUGAAUAAGGUGGAGAGAGUGUUUGAGUGUCAUAGAUAUUCUGAACGAAAGAGAUUGAAAUUAGCCGUUCUUGAGUUUUCUGAUUAUGCUACCAUUUGGUGGGGAAAAGUUGUGGCUGACAGAAUGGGGAAUGGAGAAGAUCCUAUUGCAUCUUGGCAGCAACUUAAGGCUAUGAUGAGAAGGCAGUUUGUGCCUUCAUGGUAUCAACGAGAGCUGUACCAACAACUUGAGGGGUUGGUACAAGGAUCACGCAGUGUACCCGAGUACGUUCAAGAAAUGGAUUAG